UAUGAAUUACCGUCGAAACACAGAAACCGAUAAGUACGAAUACGUAGCUGUUGGAGAAUGGACGAACGGACUUACUAUUAGAAAAGACGACAUACGAUGGCUAGACGGACGCGUUGAAGUUCCCGUAAGUAUAUGUUCCCCACCUUGCAAGGUAGGAGAAAUUAAAAGAAUGAGAGAUCGUUCUUGCUGUUGGAUUUGCACACCUUGCAAAGAUUUCGAAUAUACUGUGGACGAAGUAACGUGCGAAGAUUGCGGUGAAGGUAGAUGGCCUAAUGAAGAAAAGAGUUCAUGCUACGAUCUUCCGGUAAUAGCUCAUGAACGAACGAAUAAGAAUAUAUAA